UCACACACGAAAAGCAGAGGCUUGGAAGGCUACUAUUUGUUCAAUCCACACACCCACCCCUCAAACGUACGUUAGUGGUAUAAGCCCAGUUCAUAUAACUUGUCGGUGGAGAAGCGGAAAUCUAGUGCGUACGAGUUUAGGUAGGCCUAAGUAGAGGUGGUGCGUUUGUGUAUAUUUAUGAUUUUUCAACACGGGUUAUUUCAGUUGGAUAAAAACACACGAAAAGCAAACGUCAUUUUUAUUACUUAUUUCUUGCAAUGGUCAAUUAUAUGAAUGGAGUCUAUACACAAACUGAUUAUAUCUUAAACUUAAGUUAAAGCUAUAUGACAUUGUAAAGACCUUAAAAAGUCGUGGACACCGUUAAAAACGUAGGCACCCCAAUGACCCUGGCAGUCCUUUUCCGCACUGAAUCAGCUGCGUAUGUUCAACACUGUAAGGAAUACAAGUAAAUAUCUUUGUUGGAAGAAAAAUGCUAUAGCAGUAUGCUAUCAUCAAGCACACAAACAAGGAAAAUGAAGAAAGCUGAGGUUUACACAACAGUUCUGAUUCUGUAUGUUUUCACAUGUCAGUGCAGUGCUGUGAUACCUUCACACCUAAGUCAACCCACACUUCAAACAAUGCUGAUAGGUGGAACUUCAUCUGCACUAAAAAUUGACCACUUCUUGCAUGAUAAUGACUCCUGUCCAAGUAUAUGCAAGUGUCGUUCGUAUGAAAGCCACACUGAAGUGGAAUGUAUAGUCAGAAACUUAACAACUCUAGCUACACUUCCAACAUAUACAACUGCCUUAACUUUAUCAAGAACUCGGCUCAGAACACUGAAUAUCUCUUUUCAAGGUUUAUCACAUUUACAGAAACUUAUUCUUUCACAUAAUGAGCUGAAGUACGUCAACUGGAAGUUUCAUAACUUUUUCACGAAGCUCAAACUUUUAGACCUAAGUCAUAACUUAUUAUACGGUACUUUAUCUUCUAAUAGUUUACAUCUAUUUGAAAGUUUAGAAUUGCUUAAUAUUUCAUAUAACCAGCUUAAUGAGUUACCACAUUCAUUAUUCAAUAAGUUAAAGUCACUCAAAUUACUUGAUUUAAGUAAUAAUAAAAUAUUAGAGAUUGAUUUGCAUAGCUUUUCUAAACUUUAUUCAUUAGAAAUCUUAGAUCUUUCAGUGAAUAAUUUAUAUCAAGUACAGCAUGACUGGUUCAGUGACCUUAAAAACCUGAAAGAGCUAAGGCUUGGAAGUAAUCACAUCCAGAAUUUGAGUAAUGUAGUUUUUUCAGCAUUAAAUACCUUACAAUAUUUAGAUCUUAGUGACAAUAAGAUAAUGUCAAUAGGAAUGCUGAGUUUUAAGGGUCUGAAGGAACUAAGGAAAUUGAACUUGAGUAUGAAUAAUAUUAGUUUUCUACAGGAAACUACAUUAAAGCCCUUGAGCAAUUUAGAAGUUCUAGAUCUCAGUUUCAACCUCCUUGCAACUCUGGAUAACUUGUUUAGUUCUUCCAUUUGCUUGAAAAAACUUUUCUUGUCAAAUAUCAAGAGCCUUUCAAGAAUAACCAAGCCAAUGUUCAAUGGCCUUUUGAACCUGGAAGAGCUGCAAAUUGCAAACUCUUCACUUUCUUCAAUAGCGAAAGAUGCAUUUGUUCCAUUAACUAAAAUGAAAGUCUUGGAUAUAAUGGGAAGCAAUAUGAUCACACUCGAAAAAGGUGUAUUUGACACACUGUCAAUUUUACAAAGGUUAAAUUUGGCUGGAAAUCCAUGGCACUGUGAUUGCUACAUGUACUGGCUGUUGCCUUGGCUUGGAGAUCAUACCAAUGCUCAUCUUUUGAACCCAUUCAAGACUCUGUGUUUUAAUCCCAGUCCUUUAGCUGGUCAUACACUCUUGGAUGCUUUAGACAAAAACAUGGUAUGUACAAACACCACCGUUCAGAAAAAUGUCUAUAAAAUACAGUACAGAGUGGGAUCUUCAGCUAUACUCAACUGUCAGGCAGAGGGCAGUCCAACACCAAACCUCACUUGGAUAACUCCUCAGAAUGAAGUCUUCCAUUGGAGUGCUGUGUAUGAAAAUACAACUAAAUUUUUACUCACAAGUAGUCCCAAAAGAACCUACAAUGUGUGGGCAGACAGUUUUAAUCACUCAAAAGAUGACCAGUUUUUAUUACUUAAGAAUGGAAGUCUCUUUAUUAGUAAGAUUCAGCGUAUGGAUGGUGGUCAUUUUCGAUGCAUAGCAUCGAACCCUUUAAGUAAGGAAGUUGUGAAUAUUCAUGUCAGUCUCGACUAUGAAUUUUUGGGGAAUAUAAAAAUUAUUAGUAUCUUAGUGGGCUUUGCAUUAAGCUUUGGAUUCCUCUUGGUUACAUUGAUGGUAAUCUUAAUUCAAUUUAUUUUGAAGCGGUUUGGAAUUGAAUGUCCAUGUCCAUGUGGAAUUGCAUAUUCCACUAAAGCACAGCAUAUUAAACGUAUGUUAGAAAACAUGGAAGGAUAUAGGCGCCAACAACUUGAUCGUCUGCGAGACCACUACAGUGUUCAAGUACAGAGAAUAAAAAAUAACUGUAUACAACAAAUGGAGAAGCUCAGAGAAGGCUAUUCAUUGCAGACAGAACGUAUAAGAGAUAUCUGUGACUAUGGUACACAGCAUAUUGACCGUAUUAGAGAUAAUUAUUACCAACAAGUGCAGAGGGUACGAGAUUAUAGUACAGGCCAGAUUGAUAGGCUGAGAGAAAAUUAUGUAUUUCAGAGAAAUCGUAUCCGUAAAUUCAGUGCUCACCAAUUGUACAAGCUAAGAGAAAAUUACAAGGUACAACAACAGCAUUUGAAUAAAAUUCUAGAGAAUCUAAACCUCGAGAGUUGUCGCAAUGUUUGUGCAAGAACAGAUUCCAUAAUGUUUGAGCCCGAAAUCUUGGUAGAGCCUGUGUUUGUACCAGCAAUAAAUAAUGUUGCACUUGCUCAGCUACAGUACUGCAGCCAGAAGGACCAAGGUGACAACUCCAGUCAGACAUCAGCUUACUUCACUCCAGAUGAAACUGGAUCUCAGGUUUCUGAUCAGAAUGACUUCAUUUGCAGUGCUCUUCCAGAAGAGGUGCAUCAAGUUCAGUCCAAUGGAAGUGCCUCCAGUUCUCCUUUAAGUAUAGUUUCCAAUAAUUUAUCUAUCACAGCUACUAUGGAAACAGCAAACACCCCAGCAAAUUCUCAAGCUACACUUACCAAUGAGAGAAUUUCUAUUUUUGUUGGAAAACAAACAGCAGAUGCAUGCAAGGCAGAGAAAGAUAGGAAAAAAACAAUUAUAUCCUUAACCCCUGGGACACGACUGCACCGAUCUCGGAGUCUGCCAGAAACUAGGGUAUAACAAUGUUAACUACUACAGUGUACAGGUACAUUAUGUACUGGAGGUAACCUAUAACUUAAAUUCUUCCGUAAUCCAGUUAACAAAUAUGUAGUUUCCUUAGCAGAGCAUUCCCUAAACACUUUAUUCUUGAUGUUACAAACAGAAGAACAAUGCAAGUUUAGCUUACAGAACAGAGUGGAGGUAAUUUGGAGAUAUUUAGUAGUUUUGUAUUGUUUACCUUUAAAGUGUAUGUGUAUUUUUCUAAAGCUUACCUGUUUAGAACUGAAAUUUGAUUUAAAACAUUUUUAUCUGUCCAGUGAUUGAAAUAUACUCCAUUUCAGUAAAGUUUGACAUGUUUUCUAUUCUUAAGACAGUCUGAAGAGAAAUAUUAUCUUAAUACAUUCAAAGAUAAAGUUGUUGUCCAGUAAUUUACCCCCCUCUUUUUUUUUUUUAAAUGAGUGUUAGAACAAAACUGAUGGCAAUGAAUUUAUCUAGUCCACAUGUAGUUAACAAACUGUAAGAAAUCAGUCUCAUUCUAAAUGGGAACUUCUGUGACUCAGAUAUACACACUUACCAAUCAGCAAAUAACUAAUUUUAUAAUGUCUAUUUUUGUUUAUCCCAGAAAAAACCUCAAAACCUUUGAAUUGUCAAACGUUAGGAGAUUUCUUUUUUUUUCUUUUCUUAUUUUUAAAAAACAUUCUUAAACUAAAAAUGCUAUAUAAAGUGUUUUGAACUCUAAGUAUUUAUGAGAAAUGCUAUCCAAGUUAGAGAGCUUGCAUGCCUCUUUAGAAGACAGCAAACAAAUAUGUUGGCAUAAAGAAUAGGCAAACUAAAUGUUAAAUUGCCCAGACACACAAACAAAUACUCUUUAGAUAUUUUAAGUAUGAUAUAAGUGUAAUAUUAUGGUUAAGGUACUGUAAGGAGAUCAUAAAUAUAAUUUCUCUUUGUUGUUUGACUCUGAAAUUUUAAUUCUAUUAGAUUAUAUUUAAGAGAGAUGAAAACAACGUCCAUAGAGUAUGAUGGCUCCUUUCUUAAACUGCAAUUUAAUUUUAUAAUAGCUUAGAUAAAAUUUGACUAAUGGGCUUCAUUCUUAUAAUGUAAUUUUUAGGUAGCAUCAAAGAUAAUUCUAAGUGAACACUUAGGUUGGAAAGUUUAACCUUGUAAUUAAUGUUAUUAGUAAAAGUGAAAGAAGAAAUUUUAGUUUCCAUAAGGCAUACAAGUGGGCUUCCAGUGUAUUUGAUUUUUAACAGUUAUGAUUGUAAAUGUUAAGAGUCCAAAUAAAAGGUACUACAGUUUAUUAUUUUACAGUUCUUAUAAGUGAUGAUAAAUUGAAUUUAUUUGCAAUAUCUAAUUGCAAUCUGAAACGAGGAGCUGCUUUAAGAUACACAGUACAAAAGUAACUUUAAUUUGGAUUAAUGUUGAAAUAUUGUAUACUUUAUCAUCUUUACUACUUAAAACGUGUAAUAUAAAAACAAAAACAAAUCAUGUUUAGAAAUAAACACUGUGACUUGAUCAAAUACUAGUCUCUUUAGAACCUUAUACUCUCACGGUUAGAAGUCGGAGAAAAAAACCUUUUAAGUUUGAGGAACAGUUGUUCCAACAUACACAAGUGUUGGAGCAGAAGGUUUUGCAAGACUGGUACAUCUUUUAACUUUGAGGAACAGUUGUUCCAACAUACACAAGUGUUGGAGCAGAAGGUUUUGCAAGACUGGUACAUCUUUUUGUUUUCCUGGAAUAUUAAUCCUCUCCAUCUCUUGUCCUGGAAUAUUAAAUCCUCUCCAUCUCUUGUCCUAAAGCUCGUCAGUAGUUAUAGUAAAUGGAGAUUCUGUCAACUCUCAAUUUGAUCUAGUGAUGUGGUCUAAGGAGGUCUGUUUUUUAAUGUCCAUGCUUUUCUCAUCAUAUGGAUACUAAAAUGUCUCCAGUAAAUACUAAUCCUGAUAAUUCUAUCUUUCCAUUCUGCCAAACAUCAGUUCAAUACCUCCACUAAACAAGACAGUUCCUGUCACAUAAAAUGCUAACACAACAGAUGAACGUUUCAUCGUCCAUAGACAACUGGAUGUUGUUUCUGUUAACAGUCCUAUACUUGUAAUAGUAUGAUCAAUUCACAGUAGUUAUUUGUAAACAUAUUUUUUUUAAAUUGCAUGUUUUAAGUACUGAUGAUGAUAAAGUAUACAAUAUUUCAACAUUAACCCAAUAUAAAGUUACUUUUGUACUGUAUAUCUUAAAGCAGCUUCCCUUGUUUCAGAUUGCAAUUGGAUACUGUGAUGUUAACAGCAUGUUUAAUAAUUGCCAAGUUGAAUUUGCUUAAAGGUAAUAGUUCUCUCAUCUUGAUGCCUACUACAUAUGCAGUUUAUUGAAGUGAAACUAUGAAUUGGUUUGUUUGAUACUUUUAAUCAGAAAUACUCAGAUUUCUUGAACCUUUUCAUAAUGAAAACUUAAUGCAACUAACUGAAACAAAUGCAUUAUUUUUAGUUUUUAGAAGUACUGUUAUGUAGUUAGUCUUAUAUUCAAAAGGUUCAGUGAUAAAAGAAACAAACAAAACUGAUUACUGAGCAGUUGUAGUCAGUCCAUAGUUUACAGGAGGUGUUUUUUGUACUUUGUAGAAUCAAGGAACUUUUCAAAGUAAACGAAAAUGUUUUAAAAUUCUAAGUUAUUAAACUUGAAACCCUGCAAGGCCAAGUAAUACUGUUAAUAUUCUUUCAAAUACAUGUUUCAGUUGCUAGCUCAGAUAAGGUCCUGAAAAUAAAACCUGUAUGAAAAAUACCAAUUUGUUUAUUGCAAUGGCUUAUCAGAUCCUGUUAUCUCUUUCUGCCUAUACACUAAUAAAUUCUUCAAUAAAA